AUGGCCCCCCUGCCUCAAGAACAGCUUUCUCUUCUCCUCCUUCCUGCCCUUCUCCUCCCCUCCACCACAUCCUCCUUGAAAUCAGCAUACAAGAUAACGUUUGAAACCCUCCUCCCCAAACUAGUCCGGCCGGAGACCCAGGCCAUCUCUCGGCUUGACGUGGCUGUUGUUCUCUCCCCUUCAUACCCAAUUACCCCGAACAUCUCACGUUGCGCUGUAUUUCCUCUGAUUCAAAAGCUGCUGGAAGAAACCUAUAGCUUAAUCUGCGGGGUUGCCGCUCGGAACAACGUCGAAUUAGACUUCCCUAGCGGUCUCGAUGUGCGGAUAUUUAUGCUCGAAGCCCGCCUGGGCGAGCUUCCAGAGACUAUGGUGGGCAAGCAAAUCCUAUCAGGUCCGAUCGUGGACCUUCAGACCUUUGUCCUCUCUUCCAGACCGUAUGAAACGCUCUACUCCGUUGAAGGAGAGACUGGAGAAGCAUCUCUGAAAUCCCUUGUCACGGCCUGGCAAUCCACGAGCAAGUCUGCUCCUCCUGUCCAAAGGCUGCCCAGCGGACCUGCGAUCACUCACUCAGAAGGCUCCCCGGUUUUCUCAUCCGAGGACGGCCCCAUAACUACCCACAAGUCGGUCGCUGUGGGGGGCACAUUCGAUCAUUUACAUAUCGGACAUAAAUUGCUCCUGACAGCCACGGUUCUGGCCUCCGAGCCCGCAGAUCUAGCCUUCCCCACUAAAACUCCGCGUCUCAUCACAGUUGGAAUAACAGGCGACGCACUGCUCGUGAACAAAAAGUACGGCACCGUUGUUGAAUCCUGGUCAGAUCGUCAACAGCGUACGGCCGAAUUCAUUGAAUCAAUACUCGUGUUCCAUCCGAAUGUGCCCUCGAUCACGAACACGGAGUACAUUGACAAGGCCGGCCCCAAUGGGAAAGUCGUGCGGGUGACAUACGGGGACGAAAUCAGUAUCAACUACACGCAGAUUUCGGAUCCGUUUGGACCCACCAUCACGGACGAGGAGAUCAGUGCACUGGUGAUUUCAAUGGAGACAAGGGCGGGCGGAAAGGCAGUGAACGACAAACGGAAGGGAAAGGGCUGGAAGGAACUCGAAAUCUUCGAAGUCGGUGUCUUGGAUGGGGAGGACACCAGUGAUGGCCCGAAAAAGGAGAAGCAGAACUUCGAGAGCAAGAUCAGUAGCACCGAGAUGAGGAAGAGGUUACAGGAGAGAGAAUCGAAGGCAUCUAGUUCAUGA